UGCAUUGAGGCAGGGGGAGAGGGCGGUUGGAUGGGUGCAGGCUGGAUUGUGAGGUGGAUGCAGAGUGCUUUAUGGGAAGUAGCAAUAGAUGGGGCAAGGAUGAAGUGGGAACCUGGUGACUCUUCUGUGUCAUUUGAAGAUGACAGGGUCCCAUUCUGUCUGGGGUGUGUAUGUGUCUCUGGUGAGGUGGGGAGUGUUGGUGCUGACGAGGGUCCCCCUUACUCUGUUGGUGUCUGGUACAGAGAGCGGUGCCUGAUUGACUCUCUGCCGCUUAUUUUCUAGCCCCCUCUCCUAUCUCUACAGAUGCAGCUGGAAUCCAGUUCUCCAGGUUUCACACUCUGAGCCCCUCGGUGACCGGCUCUCAUCAGGGUCUCGCUGGGGCUGGCAGUGGGGGGUGGAGGUGUGUCUGGCUCUCUGCCACCGGAGAUUCUUCUCCACCCCCUCGGCGAGCCUCCUUCCUGGCCUUUGGUCUUAGUCUCAGAUUGCUGAGUCCCCUUGGUCCUGAUUCUCUCUUUUCCGGGGACCGAGCUAGCACAUUGCCCCAUCCUUUGACUGGGCAGCAAGACGUGGUUCAGACACUGGUACGAGGAGGGACGUCCAUCUCUAAUAUCUCCUCCAGCACCGCUGCAGUGGAUCCCUGAACAUCCUCUCAUGGCUUGUCGCUCGAUGCCCCAGCCACUCUCCAAGCUCCUGCUGUAACCCAGGGCUGCCGCGACCAUUGCCAAUUCCAUGCCUGCUCAUGUGUCGGUGUGACCCAGUGGAUGGGCCCACCGCUAGGAUGCCUGCGUCCCUGUGAAGGUUCUGCCUGUGGCCUGCCUGCUGAGGGAGACCUGAUAUUGCCAAGGGGAGGAGUGUUGUGGGGGCCCCACCAUGGGUGACUCAGACCAGCGGCUGGUUCUGGGCAUGAACGUGGGGGACGGGCGCCAGACGCCUCCUGGGGAGCUGCGGACACCCACGCAGGAGGGUGAGGAGCUCAGGGCUCCUAUCCCCGAGAAUGUCUGCAGUAGUGAUGAAACCAAGAUGCUGUCGAUGGACCAGGAAGAUGUGGAGGAAGAGCUGGACCCCAGGAUACAGGAGGAGUUGGAGCAUCUCAACCAGGCCAAUGAGGAGAUCAACCGGGUGGAACUGCAGCUGGACGAAGCCAGGACCACAUACCGCAGGAUCCUCUCUGAAUCCGCCAGGAAGCUCAACACCCAGGGCUCCCAGCUGGGGAACUGCAUCGAGAAAGCACGUCCGUACUAUGAGGCCCGUCGCCUGGCCAAGGAGGCUCAGCAGGAGACGCAGAAGGCAGCACUGCGAUACGAACGGGCGGUCAGCAUGCACAAUGCCGCCCGCGAGAUGGUCUUUGUGGCGGAACAGGGCGUGAUGGCCGACAAGAACCGGCUCGACCCCACCUGGCAGGAGAUGCUCAACCACGCCACCUGCAAGGUUAAUGAGGCGGAGGAGGAGCGGAUGCACAGCGAGCGGGAGCACCAGCGCGUCACUCGGCUCUGCCAGCAGGCUGAAGCCAAGGUGCAGAGCCUGCAGAAAUCCCUCAAGCGUGUCAUCGUAAAGAGCAAGCCCUACUUUGAGCUCAAGGCCCAGUUCAACCAGAUCCUCGAGGAGCACAAGGCCAAGGUGACGGGGCUGGAGCAGCGGGUCUCCCAAGCCAAAAUGCGCUACUCGGUGGCGCUCCGUAACCUGGAGCAGAUCAGUGAGCAGAUCCACGCCCGGCGGCUGCAGCGCCUCAUCCAACGCCGGGCCUCGCCAGUAGGGGCAGAGGCAGGGGCUGGGCUGGGCGCUGAGUGCCCCCCCCCAGACACGCUCUCCAUGCUCAGCUUGCAGACCAUUGCCUCCGACCUGCAGAAGUUUGACUCGGUGGAGCAUCUGCUGGGGCUGUCGGACGCCACCAGUCUCAACAGUGAUGAGCUGGAGGAGCAGGAGCAGCGACGAGGCGGACAGAGCCAGUUCAAGCACCACCGCAGCGUCAGCCUCUAAACCACCUCCCUGGCCCUUCCCCUCGGCGAGCCCAGCCGGAAGGGGCUGUGCCAGCCGGGCAAGGAGGGAAUGCUGUGGCUAGACACUGCGGCACUGGGGGGUGGGGGCGACAGCCUUCCACGAAGCACCCCUGCUUCCUAAGGGGGGGGGCCCAAAGACACUGCACCUCCUGGGGGCAUUGCUCAUCCUCUCCUCCUCCUGCCCCAUGAGUGCCCUCUGACACUACACCUCCCAGAGAGCAUUGCUCAUCCCUCCUCCUCCCCCCCCAGGCGAGUGACCCCUGACACUGCACUGGGUGACCUCUGACACUACACUUCCCGGGGGUAUUGCUGUACUGACACAAGUAGCAUGGAGGCUGCUGAUUCCAGCCAGCAGGGCUUUCUGGGUCCCCUGCAGUAGGGCUCCAUGCUGGAGCCAGGAGCAGACACGGCCCUUUGCUGGAGCAGUGUUACCUGCAGACCCUGCUCCCAGCAUGCACUGAUCAGAGCACCCAGUUCCCUGAGUGCCGUGUGCUGACAGCCAGGGUCUCCCCAGAGCAGAGACACAAGCACCUCUGGUUUUAUGCACACUGCUGCCUUCGCUGACCUGGUUUCCGGCACUGCUACAUGUCCUGGGCUGGGGGAGGGGGAAGCAAAACUAGCUGCUGUCUGACAGACUACAUUCCCGGAGGGGAGGGGGUUUGGCAGGGCCUGACCUGGGGCUACUGCAUGUGUACAGCCCAGGGGACAGGGCGGGAGCUAUGAUAACUACACCCUAUUCUUGUCCACAACCACAGGCUGAUGAGGGCUGCUGCUGAGACAUAGAGAUGGCCUAGAGCCACUGCCCUCUCCUAGUGCAUACACAGACUGGGCCAGUUCCCUCUGCCUAUCCUGUGGAGCCUGCAGUCCUUACUGGGUGGGUCGCUUGCUCGCCUCCUGCAAUGUAACAGGGAUGCUCCUCUGAAAAUUUUGGUGCCUGGUGGCAGAGAUUACAGGUGCAGCCAGUGCAAACUGUAUAGUCUUCCCUGCUGUUCACAGGUGGCUGGGCUCAAAGAUGCCUGGAGUCUGUUCUGUGAGCAGAGCACCUUCGCCCAAAAGGUGGCAAGGAGCUGAUUCCUUCCCCCACCAGCAGGUAGCACCAGAUGGUUCACUCUGGGGAGCACCUUGUACUCUUAUCUAACCCUGUUCCUCCAGAUUUCCUAGGUCAAAUCUCCCUCAAAUCUUCCUUUAUAUUGAGACAAAUAAGUGUCAAAGCUGCGUGGAAAGUAAUUUGCACUAGUUGGUGUGGGGAUGGGGGGUUUGGUGUUGGUUGGGAGGGGGAGCUUCUUGUGCAUAUCCUCCAUCCCGGAGCCCAUUCGGGGCUCAUCUGUACCCCCGUGGUCUCCUGGGAGCUGGGGCUGCGUCCUCUCUGUGUGAUGGAUGCCCCCCUUGGCGGGGGGCUGUUGCUGCUGCUGUGCCCUGGUGUGGUUUCACUCUGCUGUGGCUGUGAUGAUAACUGCCGGUUUGAGGCAGCACAGUGGAUCCGUAUGAGUGAGCGGCUGUGCUGCAUAUUUUAUUUAAAGUAAAGAUGCCCCAUGGAGAUUUGUCUGUCUCUGUG